CGCCCAGAUCUCAGCAGAGGAAGGUAGAGAGAGGGGCGUAUCGAGUUCCUCACCUAAACCCCACCAGAGUGAGGACUAGAUAAGGAAACAGAAACAGAGUGAACUAGCGGAGUCUCGUGUGUUCACAUCCCCACCUGAGGAAUGCAAAUGACCGCUUAAAGCCUGGACUCUCGGACAAAGCAGCACAGCUUCAGGUCCUGCAGUGAUCAGGUCUUCUUUUGCCUGCUCUCACCUCUCCUCCUCUUUAUCCAAGUCCAAUGGCAGUCAUCACUGGGAUAAUUCUAGUAAUGCUGGCCUCUGAGGUUUAUGCUCAAGGCCGAUUAAAGCUGACCGUUCUAUCAGAGGACCGGCUCCAGAUGAAGUGGAAGGAGGCUGAGGGGCCGGUCCAAGGCUACAGGGUCCGAGUGCGGUCCAUCUCAGAAGUGCCCCAGCCAGAAAUGAUGCUGACCACAACGCGGGGCAAAGCCACAGUGGUAGGGCUGGACUCCAGACAGGAAUACCUGCUGCAGGUGCUGGUGCUGAACGGAACUGGAGAGAAACUUAUCGCCAAGAGACGCUUCACCAUCAGCGGGCUGCGGGAGGAGGAGCUGGUGCGCAGCGGCAACCGAGAGCAGAAAAAGAAAGCGCUGGCCGUGGGCUCUGGCUCCGGCGAAAUAGAUGAUGUGACCGAAGCGCUGGAAUCGCUGCCCACCGUGCUCUACCAGGAGCCCACCACCACAGAGCCCCCUACUGCAACUGAACAGGAAGAACAGGAGGUUGAAAAGAGUGGCAAAGAUAAGAAAAAGAAAAAGAAAGACAAGCAUCAUGCAAAGUCAGAGGAGAAGGAAAGGCAGGUUGAAAGCAGAGAGAAGUCUUCGGAAGAGGACGACAAAGUCAGAAAAACAGCUGCCACCCAAUCUGUCACAGCUGGUACAUCACGGAAGCCAUUUGAGUGCAGGGCCGGAGUGCAGGCGGAUCUCGUCCUGCUGGUGGAUGGCUCGUGGAGCAUCGGCCGCACCAACUUCAGAAAAGUACGAGAGUUCCUUGAAGGUCUGGUUACCCCGUUCCACAUCGGCCCAGACGGGGUACAAAUCGCCCUAUCACAGUACAGUGGAGACCCUCGCACUGAGUGGCAGCUGAACAACUUCACUUCCAGAGAGCAGCUCCUGGACGCUGUCCGAAACUUUAGAUACAAAGGAGGGAACACCUUCACAGGUCAGGCUCUCAUUCAUGUUCUGGAGGAGAAUCUGAAGGAGGAGGCAGGGGCUCGGCCAGGCACCCCUCAUUUUCUGCUGCUGAUGACUGAUGGGAAGUCUCAGGAUGAUGCCAUCGCUGCUGCGAACAGACUGAAGAAUGCAGGAGUGGAGAUCAUCGCUGUGGGUGUAAAAAAUGCAGAUGAGGCUGAGUUGAGGCAGGUGGCAUCUGAGCCUCUGGAGCUGAAUGUGUAUAAUGUGAAUGAUUUCCCUCUGCUCAGUAAAUUGGUCGGUCGAUUAGUGCGUAUUCUGUGUGGGAAGAUAGAAGACCGCAGUAAAGCAAAGCGAAUGGAGCAUCCCACUGUGGACCCUGUGCUGUCAUACCCCAGCCCCACCGACCUGCAGUACUCUGAACUGGGUCCCAAAGAGGUGCGUGUGAGCUGGACUGGGCCGAGUCGCAUUGUGCAGCAGUACAGGGUGGUGUUCCACAGCAGUGAGGGACAGAGCCCACAGGAGGUGGUGGUAAACGGGUCAGUCUCCACAGUAAUGCUGACUGAACUGUCCUCUCAGACGCAGUAUCACCUCUCAAUCUUUCCUGUGUAUGAAGACAACGUGGGCCCUCCACUUAGAGGCAUCUUCACCACAAUGCCGCUGGCCAUGCCACACUCUCUGGAGGUCACUGCAUCUUCUCCCACUAGUCUGAGGGUGAGUUGGAGGCCAACUCCUGGAGCUACCCAGUACAUGGCACUGUACUCAGCACUCACUGAUGGGGAGCCUGAUGAUGCUCGAGAGGUGAAGUUUGGGGCUGAUGAGACAGAUGUGGAGCUGCAGGAUCUGAUGCCCUCCACAGAUUACUCAGUCACGCUGUACGCUUUGUAUGAUGAGGACCCCAGCGACCCUGUCACAGCCGUCGCUACCACAUUCCCAUUGCCAUCUCCUCUCAGUAUGCACUUCCCUAUGGUGAGUCACAGCACUCUGAGGGUCACAUGGGUGCCUGGUGCCGUCAGUGUUCCUGCCCAUCGCAUCACCUACAGCACCAAUCAUGGCAGUGACGUCAAACAGGUGGAGGUAGCCGGUGUGAACACAGUCCUGCUACAGAAUCUGGCCUCUCUGUCCAGGUAUCUGGUGUCUGUGCAGUCCCACUAUGAAAAAGGCUUGUCCACCCCACUCAUUGCCAACGUCACCACAUUAAGAGUGCCUGCUCCAUCUGAGCUCAGAGUCACUAACUACUCAGAGAGUGCUUUAACAGUACGCUGGGAGCCAGCUGCAGAUGAUGUGACCUCAUACCUGAUUAAAUGGAUCUCUCUCAGUGGAGGAGACCUGAGGCAGCUAAAGGUGGAUGGGGAGAGUGAGGGAGCCAUAUUGGAGGGAGUUGAGGAUGACAAGGAGUAUCAGAUCUCGCUGUCUGCUCUGUAUGCGGAUGGAGCACAGAGUGAGGCUGUGGCUAUACGAUACAGCACAUUGUCAGGGGGAGGUCCCAGCUCUGUGUCCAUCUCUGAGGAGACAGCGGUCAGCAUGCUGGUCAGUUGGGUUCCACCUAACGCACAUGUGCUGCAGUACCGCAUAUCAUACACACCUUUAACUGGAGGAGAGGCACGAGAGAACACAGUGUCGUUGCCAGGCAGUGAACGUCGUGUUCUGCUGCAGUCUCUGCUGCCUGACACUCGCUACAGUGUGCUGGUUACUGCUGAGUACCGCAACAGAGAGGGAGGCAGUGCCUCAGCACAGGGCAAAACCACCAGUCUGCGUGUGAGCAGUGUGAGUGUGGUGCGCUCCGACCACUCCAGUAUCUGUGUGUCCUGGAGGCCAGUAAUAGCCGUUACAGCUUACCGCAUUGUCAUCCAGGCCCUCAGAGACAAGCAGAUAAAGGAGGAAACCGUGGACUCCAGCAGCAGCAGUCACUGUUUCUCUGAGCUGCAGCCAGAGACAGUGUAUCGCAUUAGUGUGCACUCCCGCUUGGGGACAGUAGAGAGCGCUGCUGUCACUAUUCUCCAUCCCACAGCCGCAGCACCUGUGAGAUUACAGCUUCCUCCACGGCUGCAUCCCAUACAGAAUGAAGUAUGUCCUGAGAUGACCAUCAGAAACAAUGUGAUAAAAGGUUUUAAUAUGAUGGAGGCGUUUGGUCUGACUCAGAGAGCUCAUUCCACAGUGGAGGGCGUGGCAGCGGAGUCUUUUAUCUUCAGCUUUUUACCCAGCUACACCCUCUACAGAGACACACAGCUCACCCAGAGCACACGAUUCAUCCACCCUGCCGGCUUUGCUCCGGAGCAUACCAUCAGCAUGAUGUUCCGCCUGCUGCAGGACUCUCCCACAGAACCUUUCGCCCUCUGGCAGCUCACUGACAAUGAUUUCCAGCCCAAGAUGGGGGUGGUGCUGGACCCUGAGAGGAAAGUGUUGCUGUACUUCAGUCUGGACUACAGAGGAGAGGUACAGGAGCUGACCUUCGACCAGCCCCAAGUCCACACACUCUUCUAUGGCAGCUUCCACAAGAUUCACCUGUCUGUUAGUCAGGUGAGUGUGUCCCUGUCUGUGGACUGUCAGCGAGUUGGAGAGAGACCUGCUCGUCCUCUCGGAGCGCUACCUACUGACGGCUUUGAGAUGCUGGGCAAACUAGUGAGGACUCGCGGGCCCCGAAGUGGAUCUGCUGCUUUCCAGCUACAGUCUUUUGAGAUCGUGUGUAACACCACCUGGGCUUCAGAGGACACCUGCUGUGACCUGCCCGCUCAGAGGGAUGAGGAGAGUUGCCCUGCUCCCGCUUACGCAUGCACCUGCACCUCCGACAUCCCUGGAGCACCUGGAGAUGCUGGUCCUCCUGGCAAACCUGGUCCUCGUGGGGAGAAAGGAGAAAAAGGGGAGGAAGGACAGAAGGGUGAAAUGGGACCCCCUGGCAAGGGAGGGCCUGAGGGAGGCUUUGGCCCUAUGGGGUCUGUCGGCCCCCGUGGAAUAGCAGUAAUGGGUAAAAUGGGGCCUCCAGGGAUACGGGGCGAAAAAGGAGAUAUUGGACGGCCUGGGAAUCAAGGGUUACCAGGACCACCUGGCCCAAAAGGUGAAGAGGGAAAACCAGGACCAAAGGGGACCAGAGGUGUGGAGGGUAACAUUGGACCCCCAGGGACUACUGGACCAAGAGGUUUCCAGGGUAUGCCUGGUCACCCAGGACCUGUUGGAGAGAGGGGACCACUAGGACCUGUAGGGCCAACAGGGCUUCCUGGAAGUAAGGGCGAGAGAGGAGAGAAGGGAGAGCCGCAGUCUCUUGCCGUUAUUUACCAGCUUGUCACUCAGGCUUGUGAGAAGCUGGUGCACAAUGAAGUGCUGAAGAUAGACGCUUUCCUGAAUGAGAUCAGUCGAAAGCCUGUGCCCAUCCAGGAGCCGGUUGGGCCUCCAGGAGAGCCCGGAAUCCCAGGUGGGAGAGGAUCCCCAGGGCCAAGAGGCCCUGAGGGACGACAGGGAGACAGAGGAGAACAAGGCAAACCAGGGUAUCCUGGCGAGCAGGGACGCAGAGGUUUGCCUGGUGAGAGAGGAGCUCCAGGGAUUAAUGUUCAGGGACCACAAGGAAUGAAGGGUUUUGCAGGGCUUCCAGGAGAAACCAAGACAGGGAUACAAGGCCCUCGAGGUGAGGAUGGUAAACCAGGUUUUCCCGGUAAUCCGGGGGGUGUGGGUCAGCCAGGUGAGAUUGGACCCCCUGGUGUGUGUGACAGUAGUGGCUGCCAUCGAGGAGCGCUCCCAGCAGUGGAUCCAUACUUUGGAUACCAGCCUUGAUCUGGAUAAAAAUGAGACAACAUCUGAAUAUUUUCGAGUCCUUGUAUUUCUUUAAGAAGAAGCAUAGAGGCGCUGUUGGUUGUAGCGGUUAAAAACUGG